AUUCUGGAGCAAACAAACAAUCGCAGAUUCACCGGCUUCCUGCAGAAUUGGGAGGAGUGAGGGGACGGCACUUCCUCUUUUCCCCUUCCCCUGAUCACUCCAAAUUCCAAGUUCGAAGCUUACUCGUGGUCUACGCCUGCCUCGCCUCGGCUCAGCUCCAAUUUCUCGCUUUUGUCGCGACGUGGGGUGAUAGCGCCACUGGGAACGAUAUAGCACAUAGAACCGAAGGAAAAGAGACAGUGGAUCAAGGGAAAAACAAGUAAUCCAGCGCAUCAGUCUGCGGUCCCUGUCGUUCUUCAAGCUCUUUGGAGUCAACUGAAGAAAGUUUCAGACCCCCGCCAUCACAAUUCACUCUUGUACAGCAGACAGUAUAUAUAUCCACUUCUCCGGCAACUGGGACACAUUUAAAUUGUAUCAAGAAGUGCAUAGAGGGAGGGGGAGACGAGCCCCAUUUUUGAAGAGGAAUAGAUGACGGAUGCACAAAAGUAUGUAUGGGACGGGGCCAUUCCUCUUCAGAUUCAUCUCCAUGAAUCUGAAGUUACCACUCUCCCUCCUCCUCCACCUGCCCUGGUUUUAGCUCCUCGGAGAGGAUACUUGCCUUUGUUGAUUUCUAUCAUAAAGCCUUAUUUCAGCGCUACACUUCCCCCUGGAGUAGAUACAAUUUGGUUUGAAUACAAAGGAUUGCCUUUGAAAUGGUAUAUUCCAACUGGAGUCCUUUUUGAUCUGUUAUGUGUGGAGCCUGAACGACCUUGGAAUUUAACAGUACACUUCAGAGGAUAUCCAAGUAAUAUAUUGCUACCCUGUGAAAGUGAAGACAGUGUAAAGUGGAGCUUUAUCAACUCAUUGAAAGAGGCUGCAUAUAUUAUACUUGGGAACUGCAAGAAUGUCAUGAACAUGUCUCAAACUGAUCAGGUGGAGCUCUGGCAAUCUGUUUUAAAGGGUAAUUUGGAUGCCUAUCGACGGGUGUCAUUUAAGCUUAAGCUUGGAACUUUUGAAGAUGAAUUUGUGGCACAUAGUGAUUCAAACGCAAAAAAAUCUCAACAAAGUGCUGGGGAGACAGAUGUGGCUGCACAAAUGAAGAUAGGUAGAAUUCCUGUUCGACUCUAUGUAUGGACUGUCAGUGAGGAUUUUGAUGAUUUUGAAAAUGUACCUUCAAUUGAUAGCUGGGACAAAGUCUCUUAUAUAAAUCGACCUGUUGAAGUUCACAAGGAAGAAGGCAAGUACUUCAGCUUGAGAGAUGCGGUUGAAAACCUUCUACCGGAGUUUUUCCCAGAAAGGAACAUUGCUGAUGAGGGGGAUCCAAGCACCAAGCAAAGUGCAGAAGAAGGGGGAGAAAAUUCAUGUGAUCCUGUUUCACUUUGCUCCCAACUCGAGAAUGCUGAAAUCAAGCUUGUUCGCAUUCAAGGGAUAGAACCAAAAUUGGAGAUACCCUUUUCUUGGGUGGUGAGCAACCUAAUAAAUCCCGAGCAUUUUCUUCACAUAUGUGUCUGCUUGAAAGUUUCAGAAGCCAGAACUGAGCAGUAGGUGAAAUUUUCAUUAUUUGAGUGGCGUAUAUUUAUUAGGAUCUCAAAAGAUGCAAUUCUUUUGUAAAUACAAUGUACAGAGCGAUUUAUAGUUACAUUCUUUUCAUUAUUCGUUUGCUCCUUUUUACGAUAGCAGAUGUUAUUUGUUAAGGGGAUGAAUUUAUCCCUUAUCAACUAAUCCAAUGAAACGGUACUGAUUCUCCAUGGAAGUGUAGAUUUAUUUCAUUUCAA